AUGUAUUACAUGUACAUCACAUGUGCAGAAUACACUCAGUUUUAUGGAGGGAAGAAAUCAGAAAUCCCACAAGCCAAUUUCAGACGUCUGCCCUUUGAUCACUGCAGUUUGUCUCUUCAGCCCUUUGAGUAUCCCAUGUGCACGGUGGAUGGGGUGGUUUUUGAUCUAAUGAGCAUAGUGCCUUGGAUUAAGAAGUUUGGUACCAACCCCAUAACUGGAGAGAAGCUUGAGGCUAAAUACCUCAUCAAGCUUAACAUCAGCAAAAACAAUGAAGGGAAGUACCACUGUCCUGUGCUCUACACAGUGUUCACAAACAACUCCCACAUCGUUGCUAACAAAGUCACAGGAAAUGUUUUCUCUUAUGAGGCAGUGGAACAGCUCAACAUCAAGACAAAGAGUUAUAAAGACCUGUUGACAGAUGAACCAUUCACUCGCCAGGAUCUCAUCACACUAAAGGAUCCCACAAAUCUGGAUAAAUUCAAUGUCUCCAACUUCUUCCAUGUGAAAAACAAUAUGAAAGUCCUCGACCCUGAUGAGGAGAAAGUGAUUUGCCUCUCAGACUCUACCACCAUCACACAGCAACUGGAGCAGAAGAAAACGCCUCGCAGGAUCCUCAACCAACCACAUUCACUCACAGCAAGAAUCACAAUUUCAUCUGAAUCAGAGUCAUUCAUAAAUGUAAAGAAUGAAAAUAUUUAUUUUGUGAUUUCAGAUGCUAUUUCCGACGAUGCCGUUCGCUACCAGUAUGUUAAGAAGAAAGGCUAUGUCCGCCUGCAAACAAACAAAGGAGACCUGAAUGUGGAGUUGCACUGUGAUAAGGUCCCCAAGGCUGGAGAAAACUUUAUUAAACUGUGUAAGAAAGGAUAUUAUGAUGGCACAAUAUUCCACCGCUCUAUUAGAAAUUUCAUGAUUCAAGGAGGAGACCCUACAGGGACUGGUACAGGAGGAGAGUCUUACUGGGGGAAGCCGUUCAAGGACGAGUUCAGACCCAAUCUGUCUCACACGGGUCGUGGUAUUCUGAGCAUGGCUAACUCGGGACCCAACACAAAUAAAUCCCAGUUCUUUAUAACAUUUCGCUCAUGCACAUACCUGGACAGGAAACACACUGUGUUUGGAAGAGUGGUUGGUGGUUUAGAGACCCUCACAGCGAUGGAGAAUGUUGAAAGUGAUCCGAAGACAGACAAACCCAAGGAAACAUUCCCACCCAGAUGGUGACAAACCCUCCACUAGUGAAGCUCCUGCCAAGAAACCCAAAGGCAGAACAGGUUUUGGAGACUUCAGUUCCUGGUAGAAGCACGGCACCGUCCCUCACAAAGACUGAUCGUUGCUAAAUUGAGAUAUUGGACUGAUCGUACUCGGCACAGACCUCUUGGUUUUUCCCUUUUAUGGACCCGGUUUUGAUUUGUAUUUUUAAAUAAUAAUGUGGCAGGGAUUGUUUAGUUCACAUGUAGUUAAGUCAAGUCUUUCUUUACAUUGAGCCCUGUAAAUAAUCAGUUAUUUUUUGAAUAUUAAAUGAUUUAAUGUAUGCGUUAAUAAAUGCAUUUUGCUAAAAGUUUGGCU